AUGGCUGCUUGCAGUUAUUCCUCACUUGUUGAAGGUUCAUGUGGUCCCAGCAUUAGUAAUCCAGCUGAUAAAGAGUGCGUCCUUCUUGGCGAUUGUAAUAAAGAUAUCAAGGGUCACUUGAGGUCGGUUGCUGUGAACGAUUCAAGUUUGAGGGCAGAAUCUCGACUUCUAUUAGCUCGAGCCGGGAUUUUUGAAAAUAUCGAACAAGAAAUAAAGAGAACUAUAUGUCCUAGACACCGCGAAAGGUAUGGGACCAGAUGGUUUUGCAACAAGAAAACAUGCUCAGUUCCCAUAGAGUUGUCAGCGCAUAAAAAGAGCAAAGGAAAAGGAGACAGAGGGAUCACGCUUGCACAGUCCAAGGAUUUAUACCACCUCUCGAAGUGUUUAGUACCUGUUGGUUCACUUAUUCGCAGGCCGGAUGUUGCAGAAACGGUAGAAAUCGGCACGAUAGAGUUGCAAUGUAAGAGAGAUUUUUCUCUUGUUGGCUCGAUUUUUGAAUCAUUCAAACGGAAACAUAUAAAAUUGCGAAAUGCCAAAAGUAUGCAAUCUGUUUUUGAAGCAGAAGUGCAGGUACACAAUAUGGUUCGCCAUCCCAAUAUCGUCCAAAUAAUGGCCAUGUCCCUGCUCAAGAAUUCUGUUUACAUAGUGUCAGAAAUAGUGGACGGGUUUAACCUAGAAGAUAUUUUAUUUUGUGAUGAAAGUUCUGAAGCACACAGCCAUCGAGAAAUGCUGCUUCAAGACAAAGUCCUUGUUGCCAAACAAAUAUGUCAAGCAGUGACCUAUUUGCAUCAUCUGAAACCUGCAGUAGUGCACCGCGACAUCAAGCCAGCAAAUGUCCUAGUUGACAAGAAAUCUGUUGCGACGAAACUGUGUGAUAUGGGAUUGAGCAAAAUCAAGACAGAAAUAGCAACCACAGCUACCAAUGGAGUCCCGGGUACGCCGCAAUAUCUAGCUCCUGAAUGUUUACUGGACAAACAACCAGGAACAUUACACUCAGAUAUAUGGUCCCUUGBUUGCACAUUGGUUGAGCUUGUUUCAGAAAAAGAUUGUUGGCAAGACGUAUCAGGGGAGGCUUGUGUCGAUGUGGAAUCACUGCUGCAGAAAGAGAAAAGCCCUGAAGCAUUAAACCAGUUGCCUCCUAUUCUAACCAACUGUUUGGAGUACGAUCCAACGAAACRUCCACGUGCAAUUGAUAUCCUUAAUGCGGUGUCAUUUUGGGUAAGGGGCAAAUAA